GGCAGAAGUCGAAGUGGAUGCAGCUUUUUCUAUAGCAGGUUAGCCUCUGGUGGGCGCACGUGCGAAAGCUUGCAGCUUGGUCAAUCCAUUCUUCACCUCCAUUUCGACGGAAAGAUCUUCCGGAGUGAUUCUUUGCUCAUUAUUAAACGUUUCACCUGCCCAUCAAUGGCAGGCUUCUAAUGAUCAUCUUCACCUACUAUGUCCAACAUGGCUUCCACCGCAGAAACAACCCCCCUGCUCCCCCAGCACCAACAACAACCCGCAACAUCCAAUACGUCACCGCGAGCGAACCGGCGGACAGUCACCUUCAACCCUCUCACCACAGUCAGCACAUACCACGAUACCACUUCUACAAACGCUCCAGUCAGAACACUAUAUUCCGGCCCUUCGUCAUUCCCCAGUUCUCAGGAUACCCCGCAACGACCGACUGGACUUUCCGCAUUGAACAGCAAGCUCCGUCGCCGGAAUAGCCAUGGAGCGCCCUAUAGUGCAGCUCCCUCAAUGCCUGCAGCACCCAAAGUCGGCCCGCAAAGAACAACAAAGAAAGCCCAGAAAUUGAAACUUCUCCCUGAUCCGAUAACCGAGGAGGCUGUUGAAGGCGAAUUCCCGUCGGACGUCUACUCGCAAAUCGCACGGAUUAAAGAGCCCACUGCUCGAAGCCAUGCUGCAAGACUGGGCAAGGCAGACAGAGAACGACUACCCCGCGUGACAGCAUAUUGUACAGCCAAUUCAUAUCGACUAGACGGAGCGACCAGGUUUCUCAAGUCGAGGUCCAAGACCCGUGGAGCCAAUCCGAAACUCUACGAUGAGUGUGUCUACUCGCCUUUCGACUACCUGUACGAAGAAAAGCAAAGAAGUACAUCAGAAAAUCAUGUUGGCACAAAUAACGUGGGCAUGGGGGAAACCUUCCAGAGACCAACCACUGAGCGCAGGUUCUCCGACAGCGUGGUUGAAAUCGAAGAUAAUACUAAAUCCCGGAGAGAGGACCUCAUCGACCUUCGAGACUCAGAGGCCCACCAAUCUGAAAAUGCCGUGGCGGAAACUCAAUCUGAAACCCCAGACUUCGACACUACAAUCCACACCCCGGAGGUAUUCCUCUUUGACUAUGGUACGGUCGUCAUAUGGGGCAUGUCGCCCGCACAAGAGUCCCGGUUCCUGUCUGAUAUCUCUAAAUUCGCAACCUCCAUCUUAAGUCCCGAAGAUACGCAGGUCGAAAACUUCAAUUUCUACUAUGCGCGCGAAUACCAAGCACGGAUAUACAACGACUUCAUCUCUCUGCGCGAUCCACGAAACCACAUGAUCAAACUGGCCAUCUCGCAUGCUCUCGCUCAAUCCGUGAAGACCUCUCUUUUCGAGGAUCUUGUCUCAGAAACGAUCUCGAAUACUGCACCAUUACCUGCCCAAAUCGCACAGACAGGAAGUGUCAAUCUCACGCGGCGACAGAUAAACAUGCAAGUCGGAGAAUUGUUCAUUCUACGAAUCAAUAUCCAUCUUCAGGGCUCGGUCCUGGACAGUCCAGAACUAAUGUGGGCAGAACCACAGUUGGAACCGGUCUACCAGGCCGUGCGGAGCUACCUCGAGAUGGACCAACGAGUCAGCCUCCUAAACGAACGACUGGACGUAAUUGCAGAUCUCCUGGCCGUUCUCAAAGACCAGUUAACUCACCGACACGGUGAGUAUCUAGAAUGGAUCGUCAUUGUCCUCAUCGCUGCAGAGAUCCUUGUCGCAGCCAUCAACAUCGUGGUCGACCUAUAUGCUGGCGUUGACUAAAUUCUGGUCAUCGGACGAUCAUAUGCUUCAUCUUGCUCACAGACCGAUCUAUCUACCUUUCCUUUUAUUAAUUAUUCACCCCAUUGCAUUGUACUGGUACUGGCGUCAGGGCGAACGGGCAAGAUCGCAUUGCUAUGAUAGCUACGCAUAACCACCCCAUGUACAAUACAAUAUGACAUGAGCUAGACAGGCGGGUGCAAAGACCGAAUAAGAAGAACUUUUCAGCACCAUAUACACCAACACACGCUAUUUAUUUAUCAAAAAGAUGCAACUUCGUAACCGUAGCUGUCAUCUAC